AUGUGCCGUCAACCGUCGACACUUGAGCUGUCUCCAGAUGAGCAGCUUGCUGCUGAAGAAACCUUCAAGUUGUACUGCAAGCCAGUUGAGCUCUGCAAUGUUAUCCAAAAACGAGCCCUUGAUAAUCCCGCUUUUCUGCAAAGAUGCCUCCAUUACAUGAUACAGGCAAACCGCAAAAAGAGGAUUCAACUAACUGUAUCCCUUUCUCGAGGCACAAAUACUGACCACAACAUCUUCCCCCUUUAUGUUUUGUUAGCUACACCUACUAGUGAUAGCAUCCCACUUGAAGGGCAUUCUCCGAUAUAUCGAUUCAGUCGUGCCUGUUUGCUUACGUCAUUCACUGAAUUUGCUAGUAAAGACCACAACAAAGCCACAUUCACAAUUCCAGACGUCAAGAAUAUAGCAGCAACCUCCCGAGCUUGCAACCUCAGCAUUAUCCUUAUCCGCUGUGUUUCAGAUUCAGAAGGGCAGGUUGGAGAAAAUAACUGCUCUGGGGACCAUGUGGAAGCAUCUGCUCUCCGAAAGUUUGAAGGGAAAUGUUUCUGGGGUAAAAUACCAAUUAAUUUACUUGGUUCGUCGUUGGAGAAUUGCGUGACUUUAAAUUUGGGACAUACUGUGGAGUUGGCUUCUACAGUUACUAUGAACCCAAGCUUCUUAGAGCCAAAAUUUCUGGAGCAGGACAGUUGCUUGACAUUUUGCUCUCAUAAGAUUAAUGCUACGGGUUCAUAUCAACUCCAAGUUGGCAUAUCCGUUCAAGAGGCUGGUGCAAGAGACAUGUCUGAAUCUCCGUAUAAUAGUUACUCAUACAGUGAUGUCCCACCUUCAUCAUUACGUCAUAUUAUAAGGUUAAGAGCUGGUAAUGUGAUUUUCAACUUCAAGUACUACAACAAUACUAUGCAAAAGACUGAAGUCACCGAAGAUUUUGCUUGCGCCUUUUGCUUGGUAAAGUGUGGAAGCUACAAGGGCCUGGGGUGUCACUUGAACUCAACGCAUGACCUAUUCCACUUUGAGUUUUGGAUAUCUGAAGAAUGCCAGGCUGUUAAUGUUAGUCUGAAGGCUGAUGCCUGGAAAAUGGAGCUUGUGGGCAAGGGAGUUGAUCCAAGACAUCAAACAUUUUCCUACUGCUCAAGGCUUAAGAUGCGUCGUCGAAGGUCGCUAGCCACAGUUGAGAAUAUAAGCCCCGUACAUCCACAUAUCAUGGAUUCAGGUUCACCUGAAGAUGCCCAGGCAGGGUCGUCUAAAGACGAGUUUGUUCAGAGGGAAGAUGAUAAUAAUUCAGUAGCACCCGAUUCUGCCGAGCAUGAUCACUCAUUAAAUGGUAGCAAUCUUACACCACCGACAGUACUAGAGUUUGGGAAGACAAGGAAACUAUCUGCGGAGCGAAGUGAUCCCAGAAACCGACAACUUCUGCAGAAACGUCAGUUCUUCCAUUCUCACAGGGCACAGCCAAUGGCAGUGGAACAAGUUUUGUCAGAUCAUGACAGCGAGGAUGAAGUUGACGAUGACAUUGCCGACUUGGAAGAUAGACGGAUGCUUGCUGAUUUUCUUGAUGUCACGAAAGAUGAGAAGCUUAUUAUGCAUAUGUGGAAUUCAUUUAUUCGGAAACAAAGGGUGCUAGCUGAUGGGCAUAUACCUUGGGCCUGUGAGGGCUUCUCCCGGCUUCAUGGACCGCAGCUUGUACAAAACCCUCCUCUGCUCUGGUGCUGGCGUUUGGUGAUGAUUAAGCUGUGGAACCACAGCCUGCUGGAUGCGCGCGCCAUGAACACAUGCAACACCAUUCUUGAGGGAUACCAACCCAACAACAAGAUGUUUUAA